UCAACAGCAUCGCUAAACAGAAGCGUGAGCGGUGGUCGGUCUCUCACAAAAACACUGCAGCCUGUCUGAUGGGAGCAAAAGCAGUCGUCAGUGAUAGCUCGCGACCAGCAACUAGGAAGACGAUGUGAUGACGGCAACGACGACUACGACGACGGUGUGGUGUUGUUUAAUAAAUAAUGAAAGCUACUUACCAGCUAAGUUGCACCUCCAACGAGCCUUGCUUACAAUUGGAAUCUAAUCUUGUCAAGAUACACGAUCCAUAUCAGAAAGUAGUAGGUACACACACCUAACAGUGAACCUGAUGGACUUGGUGGUGUUGUGACAGUCGCUGCCAGUGAUUGACCUUGGUAGUGGGACCGCGCUCUUGGUGCCCGCCAACUGUGGAUAGCCCGUCGUGAAGUGACUGAUUAUUGUUUUGAUACGGUGCUCUCGCUCUUAUCGUACCACUUCACUUCAGUGUUGAAUGAAAAUCGAAGCAACAGAAGAAAAAAAAAAUUGCAGUGUGAUACUUUCUCAAUUCGUCUCGGGCUCUAGCCAGCCGGUGGUGCCUUCUUCGGUUAGUUUUGGCGUAAUUGGCGAAUAAAAAGUCGGUUUACUGUGGAGGUAAACGAAAAAGAAGAUGUGGUUUGAAUAACAGUUGCUCAGGUGAUUUUGCUGGUCGGUUGGAUUUGGUUCAUUGCUUCUGCUCUUGAGCCAGUGCGGUUACUUCGCUAAGCACUGGAUCGGCGACGGGUGGCUCAAUUAUCACGAUGUCAACGUUCUUCACCACCAACCGCCACGGUUACAGCGUCCGCUUCUCGCCCUUCAAUCCGGACCAGUUCGUGGUGGCGUCCAGUCAGUUUUACGGGCUGGCCGGCGGAGGAACACUGUACUUCCUUGAGCUGUCCCCCGACGGAGGUGGAAUCGUGGAAAAGCGAACCCACAGCUGGACCGAUGGGCUGUUUGAUGUGACAUGGUCCGAAUCGAAUCAGGAAAUUGUAGUAUCCGGUUCGGGAGACGGAAGCGUCCAGCUGUGGAACAUUAACCUUAGCCCGAACAAUGGCCCACCGCAGAUGGUUUACCGGGAGCACAAGAAGGAGAUCUACAGUGUGGACUGGAGUAAAGUACCGUACGAACAGCUCUUCAUCAGUGCCAGCUGGGAUAGCACGGUGAAAAUUUGGGACCCAAUCCGGAACCACUCACUCAGCACCUACAUUGGCCAUACACAACUAGUCUACAAUGCGGUGUUCGCAUCGCACAUCCCGAACACCUUUGCCAGCGUGAGCGGCGAUGGAAUGUUGAAGAUUUGGGAUAUUCUGUGCUAUGAUUUACCCAUUGCCAGCAUCAAGGCACACGAGGGAGAGGUUCUAACGGUCGACUGGUGCAAGCACGACUCAAACGUCCUGGCCACCGGCGCCUCCGAUGGUCUCAUUCGUGUGUGGGACCUACGCAACUUUGGCAUCCCGCUGGCGGAGCUGAAGGGCAACGAAUUCGCCGUGAGGAAGGUGCAAUUCUCACCCCACACCCCAUCGGUGCUGGCUAGCGUCGGCUACGAUUUCACCACUCGCAUUUGGGAUUUCAAGAAAAGCAACGAGGCUCUGGAAACGAUCAAGCACCAUUCGGAGUUCACGUACGGACUGGAUUGGAACCGGCGACGGCAGAACCAGCUGGCCGAUUGCGGCUGGGAUUCGCUGGUGCAUGUUUUUAAACCGGAUUGCCUUGCCGACAAAAUUUAAGGCUGUUGCGAUCAAUUUACUAAAUAUAGAGAUGUUUUAUCGGAAGCAGAUAUCAGACUAAUGAACAAUAUAUUUGAGUUUUUAAAAAUGGAAGAAAAAAUAAACAAAAUUGUGAUUUAGGAAAUAAGUAGUCUAAAAGUAACAGUUGGACAAAAACUAUUUUAGAAGCAAAAAAUGAUUUGUAUAAAAUAACAAAGCAACACACGUGUAAUAGUUGUAUUGGUGUAAAAGGAAUCCAGAACUAAAUUUAAUUAAUAGUAUAUUGCAGGCGCUAUGGGUUAAAGGUUUGUGAAGUUGAACCUUAAAAAGCAGAAAUCGAGUCAUACGUUAAAGAGCGGUAGUUUAUAUUAAACUGUAAGCUUGUUUUACUGUGUAAUUUCUGUACUUAAAAUUAGUUACUAGCUGGGAGAAGGGCAACCAUGGAGAGGUUCAAAAUUAGUCAAAUUAAUUGGUUCAAAUAAUUGGUUCAGCCAUUAUACUAAUUUUAAGCUAUUUUUGUUAUCAGGUGUCUUGUCAUGUGAACGCAAAAUUGAAAAAUAAAAAAGGUAUUUUAUACGU